AUGUUUCUUGACCAAUAUUUUCGCCAAACUAGUAAACCUAGCUAUUUGCGUGAAUUAUUUCAGGAAGAUCUCAGUGUAAGACGCUCUGAGAGACUAGCAGCCAAGAAAAAUAAUAUCCUCUUUAAGUUCCCAAAUUUCAGUACCACUCAAUAUGAGUCUUCUUUUGUAAUAACAGUUAUACGAUUAUGGGAAGAAUUACCGGAGGAUAUUAUAAAUUCUUCAAGCUUGGAGAUGUUUGAUUACAAACUACUAUUAAUGUUUCUAUCUUUUGUUUCAUUAAUCCUCAAGCUUUAUUUCAUACCUUAUUAUAUGUCACUAUCAUUUAUCUAA